AAAAUCAUGACUUACUAUAUUUUAUUGAUAUGGAAACAUUGUAAAUAUUUUGCGUGAAUGAAUGACACAUAUUCUUGACGGAAUCUGAAACUCAAAAUAAAAUUUAAUAAUGGUGGACCGUUUGGUAAAUAGUGAGGCAAAUGCAAGAAGAAUUGCUAUGGUGGAAAACUGCUUCGGCAGUUCGGGACAGCCCUUGGCAGAACAGGGCAGAGUUCUUGUGGGUGAGGGUGUCUUAACCAAAAUGUGCAGGAAGAAACCAAAAGCUCGUCAGUUCUUCCUCUUUAAUGACAUCCUGGUCUACGGAAACAUUGUCAUAAACAAAAAGAAAUGUAACAAGCAACAUGUCAUUCCACUAGAAGAAGUGAAGCUGGAGGCUUUAAAGGAUGAUGGACAAUAUCGCAACGGCUGGCUUAUCCGCACGGCGUCCAAGUCGUUCGCGGUGUACGCGGCCACGGCCACCGAGAAGGAGGAGUGGAUGGCACACAUAGAGAAAUGCAUAGAAGACUUGCUCAGGAAAAGCGGAAAACAGCCACCAUCGGAGCACGCCGCAGUAUGGGUGCCCGACAACGAGGCGUCCAAUUGUAUGCACUGCAAGAAGACACAGUUCACUGUCCUCAACAGGAGACACCAUUGCCGCAAAUGUGGGUCGGUGGUGUGCGGACCGUGCUCGUCGAAGCGCUACGUGCUGCGCGGGCAGAGCGACAAGCCGCUGCGCGUGUGCCUGCAGUGCUACGACGAGCUCACCCGCGAGCGCGCGCGCCCCGCGCAGCCCGACCAGCCCGCCAGCACGCCCGGUCAGUAUACAAGCCGCUGCGCGUGUGCCUGCAGUGCUACGACGAGCUCACCCGCGAGCGCGCGCGCCCCGCGCAGCCCGACCAGCCCGCCAGCACGCCCGGUCAGUAUACAAGCCGCUGCGCGUGUGCCUGCAGUGCUACGACGAGCUCACCCGCGAGCGCGCGCGCCCCGCGCAGCCCGACCAGCCCGCCAGCACGCCCGGUCAGUAUACAAGCCGCUGCGCGUGUGCCUGCAGUGCUACGACGAGCUCACCCGCGAGCGCGCGCGCCCCGCGCAGCCCGACCAGCCCGCCAGCACGCCCGGUCAGUAUACAAGCCGCUGCGCGUGUGCCUGCAGUGCUACGACGAGCUCACCCGCGAGCGCGCGCGCCCCGCGCAGCCCGACCAGCCCGCCAGCACGCCCGGUCAGUAUACAAGCCGCUGCGCGUGUGCCUGCAGUGCUACGACGAGCUCACCCGCGAGCGCGCGCGCCCCGCGCAGCCCGACCAGCCCGCCAGCACGCCCGGUCAGUAUACAAGCCGCUGCGCGUGUGCCUGCAGUGCUACGACGAGCUCACCCGCGAGCGCGCGCGCCCCGCGCAGCCCGACCAGCCCGCCAGCACGCCCGGUCAGUAUACAAGCCGCUGCGCGUGUGCCUGCAGUGCUACGACGAGCUCACCCGCGAGCGCGCGCGCCCCGCGCAGCCCGACCAGCCCGCCAGCACGCCCGGUCAGUAUACAAGCCGCUGCGCGUGUGCCUGCAGUGCUACGACGAGCUCACCCGCGAGCGCGCGCGCCCCGCGCAGCCCGACCAGCCCGCCAGCACGCCCGGUCAGUAUACAAGCCGCUGCGCGUGUGCCUGCAGUGCUACGACGAGCUCACCCGCGAGCGCGCGCGCCCCGCGCAGCCCGACCAGCCCGCCAGCACGCCCGGUCAGUAUACAAGCCGCUGCGCGUGUGCCUGCAGUGCUACGACGAGCUCACCCGCGAGCGCGCGCGCCCCGCGCAGCCCGACCAGCCCGCCAGCACGCCCGGUCAGUAUACAAGCCGCUGCGCGUGUGCCUGCAGUGCUACGACGAGCUCACCCGCGAGCGCGCGCGCCCCGCGCAGCCCGACCAGCCCGCCAGCACGCCCGGUCAGUAUACAAGCCGCUGCGCGUGUGCCUGCAGUGCUACGACGAGCUCACCCGCGAGCGCGCGCGCCCCGCGCAGCCCGACCAGCCCGCCAGCACGCCCGGUCAGUAUACAAGCCGCUGCGCGUGUGCCUGCAGUGCUACGACGAGCUCACCCGCGAGCGCGCGCGCCCCGCGCAGCCCGACCAGCCCGCCAGCACGCCCGGUCAGUAUACAAGCCGCUGCGCGUGUGCCUGCAGUGCUACGACGAGCUCACCCGCGAGCGCGCGCGCCCCGCGCAGCCCGACCAGCCCGCCAGCACGCCCGGUCAGUAUACAAGCCGCUGCGCGUGUGCCUGCAGUGCUACGACGAGCUCACCCGCGAGCGCGCGCGCCCCGCGCAGCCCGACCAGCCCGCCAGCACGCCCGUGAAACCGUCGUCGGACACCGCCGGCUCGGGCGGCGACUCGUCGGCCGACGACGACAGCGACGACGACGACGACCGCGCCGACGAGAAGCAUGAUGAGGGAUUUACAAGUUAUAAUGGUGUCAAAAAUGGAUUUGGAAGUAAAGUCACAACAGUAUAGUACAAAUUCAGAUUGACCAAAAUUCUAUGGUGAUGGUGAUAAGACUGAAGAGACCAACAACCAUUCGUCCAAGGAUUCCGCCAAGUGAACAGAUGUUAGAGUUAGCUCCUAACAUAUCUUACCAAAAUCUUUAACGGCCCUUAUAAACAUGUAAGUGAUUGUUGAUCUUAAAAUCAAGGUAAAAUUUAUAAUAGUUAUAAAUAUACCUAGAUAUUUUGGUAGCACGAACGUUGACGUCUAAGUGUUUGACAAAAUAAAAACAUCGACAGUCCUGUUAUCGAUAAGUGCCACUUCAACGUGAUAGAGGUAAUACAAAGAAAAAUAUAGGGUAAUAGGGUGCGUUAAAAAUAGAUAAUAGUAACAAAACUAUAAAUUUAUUUAUAUUUUACAUACUUUAGAAAACAAAUUGAAACCCUUUUGUAACUUUCUUUCUUCUUGUCACUGAAUUAAUUCUCCCAUAAGUCACUCCAUGAUAAAUACACACCCAAAUUGUCUUUCAAAUUGACGCAGAAUGAUACAACAUGUACUAUAUUAAGCCCAUUUUUGAUCCCAUAGCAAAUCUGUGUCUGUGUCUCUGUAUAUGGCUACAGUGUAGGUGUAUCUUAGUUUUUUAUUAUUAACAGUAUCGCACUGAUGUAUUAAUAACCCUCUUUCUCUUUUACUUAAAUAUGUAUACUUCGUUGAAGUAGUAAGUAUGUACUUAUCGAUAACAAGAUUGUCGAUAUUUUUAUUGUGGUAAGCACUAAGCAAAUUCUGUUCCUGCCAGAAAAAUAUCUACGUAUAGUUAUAAACUAUUUUUCAAUUACUAAUGCGACCAUCUUGAAGGAAUAUAUGUGUUUUAAAGUUUUGGUGAGAUAGAAGGUUAAGUAAUCUAAUUAUUGACGCCCGAAGACCCUGUCAUUGACACCAGUAGAUUAUAUAGUCUUUAACUAUUGAUUUAGGGCGCCUAUAAUAGGAUUGUUUAACCUAAAAGAGCAAAAGUAAAAUAUUUACAAGCCUUAUGAACAGGAUUAAGCAAAACUUGUUUUCUUUUAUUUAUUUGAUAAUUUUUUUAUCUGGUGGAAUUUGUUGAUGGAAUAAAUCCAUAUAUUUUUUUAUGUAACCACAUUUCCUAAUUUUACUCAUUUUAUUUCUUAUACCACAAUGUGUGUACAAAAUUUAACAAAGAAUAUUCAGUGUAAAAUCAUGAGACGAAUUCUAUCAAAUGUUGUCACAGCAACAAGUAACGUAAAUGGCAAAUUCAAUAUUGCAUUACUACGAUAACAUUGUUAUAGUACUGAAACCAAUAUAUUGAUAAUGAUACUUCAAGUUUUAGUUCAUGUGUGUUUUUUGUACUCUAAUAACAUACGUUUUGAUCCAAUAAUCAUUCGAGUACAAUUUGGAACACUUAACAUACCAUAACAAUAAAUUCCAGUCAAACGUGUAUAAUCUUUAAGAGUAUUUAUUAUUGUUUGCGACACAAAGGCCGUUGGGCAAACGCAUUCUCAUGAAUAGGGAGUAUUACUGCAUUGUUCUGCUACCAGAGAGAAGCACUAGCACUACUAUGCCUUAAACAGUUUUUCGAGAAGUUUUCACUAUGCCAUUGAUGCAUCAAGAGGCGGUUUGUUUACAGCGAAACGCAAAAAUCAAAAUUUCGUUAUCUGCCUCUUAACCGCUCCAAUAUGCAAGAGUAUUAGAGAGGCAGAUAACGAAAUUUCGAUUUUCGUGUUUCGCGGUAGGCCCUCAGUAUUUGCUAGAGGCUCCCCCUACGCAUAGGUUUGUGUAAUAUCCCCUAUCUUUAAAUUUGUCUCAUAACAACUGACGAUCUUUGGAAGGUCGCAUUCAAAUGUACUACUUAUCCAAGUGUUUUUAACUUUAUAUCGAUUUUUAAACCGAGACUAGAUUAGAGCAUAAAACAUCAUUUUCAGUAGAAAAUGCACGUUUUAAAUCUAAAGCAAUGUAGUUAGACAAAUAUUAAACUUACCUUACUUCUUUCUGACUGUAAAUCGUUUUUAAUACGAGGUCCAAGUAAAUUUCUUAAUUACUUCAAAUUUGUACUUUUUACACUUUACUGUAACCUUUUAUUAAAUGAGAAUGUAAAUAUUUGGAGUUAUUAGUAUCGGUUUUGCUUCCAGCUUUAAUAUCGCUCAAACGAACCGAGACGGCAGGUUUUAUUUAAUUCUAAUUUAUUUAACAAACAAUACCUUAACAUGGUACUAACAGAAGUUUACAAUAAUCCUUAGAUUAAGUUACAAUGUUAUGUCGAUCAUUACAUAUUUAAUAUUCUACAUGAGUUAGCAUAUUUUAUUAUAAACUUUAUGAUAGUUUAUAUUUUGCUAUUUUUAUUGUUAAUUAUUGCGGAUUGGUUUAAGAAUUAGACUUGAUUUGGAGAUUUAAUAGGUAUGAUAUUUACAGGGUUUAAACGUUACGCAGUUUCUAACUAUUAAAUUUGGAUAUUAUACUGGUUUGCUGCUAUUAGAAUAAUUGAAGAAAAAUUUAAAUUGGCUGUUUUUUAAAUCAAUCCGUAUAUUGUAAAGUUAUUGUCUAGAAUCGUAUGUAUAUCAGUUUUUUUUAGAAAUUAAGAGGUGCAUUGAGUAGCGUAAUUUGUUUCGUUCAGAAACACGAUAUGGAUAGUUUAUUUGCAAAACAAUACAAUAUUAAAAUUGGCCUUUGUAUCGUGGCCUAAGUGUUAGCUGUUUUCGUUUCGCGAAAUACUGAUAAGCAAAAUUAUUUUAAGAUAUUGUUUAAUUUUCAGUUGACAAAUAUACAAUAAUAUUUUUUAUAAAGUUA